AUGCAGACGACGGCACUUUACGUUUGGAUUCUGUCCAUUCUGUGGUUCUCAACAUGUUACGGAUACAAAUUUGGUCUUGGGAUACACGAUAUAACAGGACCGGCAGCAGAUGUGAACAUGAUGGGCUAUGCAAAAGUGGCACAAAUCGUAUCCGGUAUACACUUGCGUCUGUUUAGUCGCGCCUAUGUCGUACAGGAUGACGCGGAGCAGACUCGACCAAUUUUGUUCAUCAAUUUGGAUCUGGGAAUGACCAGUCAGCUAUUAAAACAGGAGAUUGUGAUUAGAUUACGAGAAGAUUUCGGGGAUCUGUUCGACGAAACCAACGUGCUGCUGAGUGCCACUCACACGCAUUCCGGUCCCGGAGGAUAUUUCCAAUACUUUCUAUAUGAUAUCACUUCGUUGGGUAUAGUGAAGCAAAAUUUGAAAACCAUGGUGACCGGUGUUGUGCAAAGUGUUCAUAUGGCAUGGAACAACCGUGUGACUGGGAGUAUUCGCAUUGCCAAGGGUAAUUUGACCAACGCUAGCAUCAAUCGUAGUCCGGCCUCGUAUGACAGAAAUCCGCCAGAUGAACGUUCCAGUUAUGCGGCGAAUGUGGAUCAGGAAAUGAUUUUGCUUAAAUUUGUCCAUUCAAACGGUACGCCUGUUGGCAUGCUCAACUGGUUCCCAGUCCACGCUGUCAGUAUGAACAAUUCGAAUACACUGAUUAGCAGUGAUAACAAGGGUUUGGCCGCGAUUCUCUUUGAAAAACACAUGAACAAGGAUAAUCUAUUAGGAAAGGGACCGUUUGUUGCGUCAUUUGCACAAGCCAAUGAGGGAGACGUCUCGCCGAACAUUGCGGGUCCUAGAUGCAUUGAUACGGGGCUUCCGUGUGAAAUGGUGCAUACCACGUGCGGUGGUCGGGCAGAAAAAUGUAUCGCUUUUGGUCCGGGAUCGGAUAUGUUCGAAAGCACACGUAUUAUUGCUCAGCGUCAAUUUGAAAAAGCAUUGGAUCUGUUCAACAAGGCAGAAGAAGAACUAACCGGACCGAUUGCUUUCAUCCACCAGUAUGUGAAUAUGACCUCAGUUCCGGUCAUAUAUAAGCAAUUCAAUGGGACCACAUGCAAACCGGCCAUGGGAUAUAGUUUUGCUGCAGGGACAAUGGAUGGUCCGGGAGAUUUUGACUUCUCCCAAGGUAAUCUUCCGCGAAUUCCGGAACAUUUGAUCCCUUCGGUUUUAGGUUCCACUUCUGGCACAUUGUUUUGGGACUUUGUUCGAAAUUUGUUGAAAAAGCCCAGUAAAGAGCUGGUUGAAUGCCAGUCGCCGAAACCUAUUUUACUGGCAACUGGCGAGCUCAACCUUCCGGUACCAUGGCACCCACAGAUUGUGGAAACGCAAAUUUUACGAAUCGGCAAUUUACUGAUUGCAGCUCUGCCCGGUGAAUUUACAACCAUGUCUGGAAGACGUGUAAGAAACGCAAUCCAAAAGACAGUUAAUCGUAGACCAAGCGCUCGUAAUCCACAGUUCCAUAUCGCUUUGGCUGGAUUGGCAAACAUAUACACGAGUUAUGUGUCCACUCCGGAAGAAUACCAAGUAAGUCCCGUGUGUUUUUGUUUUUAUAAACCACGAUAA